AUGCCAAACGUGUCGGGACCGCAAGGUAAGCGGGUCAUGGUGCAUGAUGCUGUGACAAUCACCAUCCUCCUCCUCCUCUCCUCUAUACCAACCGAUCAUGAUUUGACGCUCAUCACAUUCAACCCAACUGAUACAAUCCUCCUCUCAGGUCAAAUGCGACGAGCGCGCAUCCUUCGCCAGCAUUCCAACGUCAACAAAUUCAGCUGCCGUGUUUGGCGUCUCGACAGUGCUUUGGAAAUCCUUCCUGGCCAUCGCGACAGCUCUCCGAGCUUCAAUGCGUGCCACAGUACUGAGCAGACGAGACACCAGGCCACCCCUGACAACGCUGGCGCCGUGAUAAUGGUAGCCACGCCCGAGAGCUUUGAACAUCUCUCCCAGUAUCGCCAAUCGCCAAAGAGAGACCAAGUCCUGUGUCCCUUUUCACCAACUUCGAACAUAUCGCAAGCGUCAAAACAUCCCGUCGCUGUGCCGUGUGGAGAGCCCCAUGAGUCAGACCCAAAUGUCCACAUGGUCCGGACGAGCAACGACAUGCACGCCUUUCUGAGUCUGGAAUCCGAAGGUUGGACCCGAUCCCAGGCCUCCUCCCGCAAUCCGGCCGUGCGAUCAAAACGCGGCGAUGAAUCGCGUGGUCUUGUCCGCGCAGUGGCGAAGGGAAAUGAAACAUCGCUCUUGGCCGACUAUGGAGCUCGCAUCUGGCGGGAACUGGCGCGGACGACGGCCGAACACCUUAUCUCUUACCGGUGCAAGUGA